AGAGAGCCGAAGUACAUGAAAAAAGAAUACGCACAUGUGACACCUAACUAACUUUGGGAGGAGAAUGUCAGUGAAUGCCCCCAGCAGCAGUGAUGCGUGUUUAAGCAUCGUUCACAGUCUGAUGUGUCACCGCCAGGGAGGAGAGAAUGAGAGCUUUGCCAAACGGGCCAUCGAAAGCCUGGUGAAGAAACUCAAAGAGAAGAGAGAUGAACUUGACUCCCUCAUCACUGCGAUCACCACAAAUGGAGUCCAUCCAAGCAAGUGCGUCACCAUUCAGAGAACACUGGAUGGGCGUUUGCAGGUGGCUGGACGGAAGGGUUUCCCUCAUGUCAUAUACGCUCGUCUGUGGCGAUGGCCGGAUCUCCACAAGAAUGAACUGAAGCAUGUUAAAUUUUGUCAGUAUGCAUUUGAUCUGAAGUACGAUAACGUAUGCGUGAACCCCUACCACUACGAGCGUGUGGUAUCACCUGGAAUUGUGGGGUUCAAUUUGCCAAACACAGGCAGGCUGAUAAAAGAGGAACACAUUCAUGACUGCAUCCAGAUGGAGGGUCCAUCUUGUAUGAGCCACUACAGCCAGCAGCUCAGACUGCUGUCUCCAGAGCCACCCCAGCAGACCCCUCCCUCAGUCACUCUCUACCCCAGCCUGCCCCUUUCCCCACCCUCGAGUGCCUCCAGGUUGUCAAUGUCUGAGGGACUGCUGCAAAUCGCCAUCCCUGCGGGUCGAGCCCUGACCUCCAGCUCUCCCCCUUCCACCCCAACACACAGUCACACACCCACCCACAGCCAGCCCUCAUCCCAGCAGCCCUCUGUCAGCCAGAGCGACUACAGCAACUCAAAACACACACAGACACAAGGCUCAUUCCACACAACAACCUGGACAGGGACAAGCAAAGCCUCCUAUACCCCUGCAGGACCACAGCAGAAUGGGCAGAGUCAUCAGCAAGUUCCUCCUCCUCAUACCAGCCACUUCUGGUCUCAGCAUCACACACUGGCCUCAUACCCCCAGCCAGUCUCCAACCAUCCAGGCCCAGAGUUCUGGUGCUCAAUCUCUUAUUUUGAGAUGGAUGUGCAGGUUGGAGAGAUGUUUAAGGUAUUGGCAAACUGCCCUGUGGUUACAGUGGAUGGAUAUGUGGACCCUUCGGGUGGCGACCGCUUCUGUCUGGGGCAGCUUAGCAAUGUUCACAGGACUGAUGCCAGCGAGAGGGCAAGGCUUCACAUUGGUAAAGGUGUUCAGCUGGAGUGCCGUGGGGAGGGGGACGUUUGGAUGUGUUGCCAUAGUGACCACGCUGUCUUUGUGCAAAGUUACUACCUGGACAGAGAGGCAGGGAGAGCGCCAGGGGAUGCCGUUCACAAGAUCUACCCUGGAGCCUUCAUUAAGGUGUUUGAUCUUCGUCAGUGUCACAGGCAGAUGCAGCAGCAAGCAGCGACUGCACAGGCAGCUGCAGCUGCACAGGCUGCAGCAGUUGCUGGGAACAUCCCUGGGCCAGGCAGUGUUGGAGGAAUUGCUCCAGCCAUCAGUUUGUCAGCUGCUGCUGGAAUAGGUGUUGAUGACCUGCGUCGCCUGUGUAUCUUACGUCUGAGUUUUGUAAAGGGUUGGGGACCCAACUACCCUCGACAGACCAUCAAGCAGACACCAUGCUGGGUAGAAGUUCAUCUGCACCGUGCCCUACAACUGCUGGAUGAGGUGUUGCACACCAUGCCCCUCGCUGACACUGGACCUGCCAACUGACCACCAGACUGUAGAGAGGAGAGGUCAAAGUACUGUAUAUACUCCUGUCACAAAAACAGGGAGGAAGAGAGAAAAAGUGGGAGAAAAUGAAAAAGAGAGAGCGUGCACUACAUACUAAGUCUCUCUCAAACAGUGACUCAUAGAACCACAUACACAUACCAAGCAUUCAUGCCUUUACACACACACACACACACACACACACACACACACACAGUCUUUCCAUAGCCUUAGCCAGCAAACUGCCUCUGAACUGACCAGUGUUUAGUGUACUCAUGGGUGCUGUUGACUCUGUUGUCAUGGUAACACAGACCAAAGUCCCCAUUGUUGAGUUCACAUUAAUGGAUGUCUGAAAGAGGUGAAAGUAAAGAACGAGGUUAAGAAAAAGGCCUUUAUAGCUGAUCAUAUGAUAACAUUCAAGAUUAACCCUAGAACACAAAAGUAACUUCACCCCCCUUAAAAGCAUAUGUGGUUAAAAAAAAACCCAGGUGAAAUCUAGAUGCUUAUUCUUUAUAAAACUACUUAUUUUUUCAAGGAAGAUUAACUCAUGAUAAUUUUAUUAGUAUUUUAAAUGUUUAAUUAGAUUAUAUGUUUUGUAUUCAAUUCUGAAGAAUUUCACACAGACUGAAAAUUAAGUAGGACUUGUAACAGUAACAGGUGACAGUGUAAAAAAAAACCUGUAUAACAGAAAUAUGGCCAAUUUCCAUGUUUGGUGAGGUACCCUCACAAACACACACAUACAAGUACAAUGGACUAGGGUGAAAAAAAUUAUGUUGAAAAAUAAGUUUAUUGUUAUAAACUUGAAAAUUACAA